AAGACAGACAGCGCGAGGCGGCCAGCGGAGGUGUCCACAGAGCCGGAGGCUGGAGGCCGGAUUUGUGUGCAACCCGUCCAGAGUUCAGCCGAACCCGGAGCACAAGGACGUCGGCGUAGGCAGCGUAUGCACGCGAUGGCACGAGGAGGCCAGACGACCUGACGAGCUGCAGGAGGCGGACGAUGUGAUUCCUGAUCCUGACAUUUCUCCCUGUCAGCAGCUGUUUUACUCGUAAAGCGCUUUUGGCUCCGCGACCGGUUCUCCGCGUUCUCAGGGGGUUCCCUCGGCCGGGACGCCGACAGAGAUGGACAGCGUCGACCCGCAGGACGACGAGAGGGAGGGCCGAAAGAAAGAGAGCGACGGGGAGAACGACAAGCGGCUGAAGAACCAGCUCAACAGCGAGGAGAAAGGAGAGCAGGAGAUCAAGGGCAGCGAGAAGGAGAAGAGGAGCCGGCGCUCCGGCUCCCUGUGGAAGAGCGGGUGGGCUCUGAGCGAGAGGCUUGCCAUCAACGUCUCAGGCAUGCGCUAUGAAACCCAGCUUCGGACCUUAGCCCAGUUCCCAGACUCCCUGCUGGGGGAUCCCAGACGGAGGUCGCGGUACUUUGACCCCCUCCGCAACGAGCUCUUCCUGGACCGCAACCGGGCCUGCUUCGACGCCAUCCUGUACUUUUACCAGUCGGGCGGGCGGCUCCGGAGGCCCGCCAACAUCCCCCUGGACAUCUUCAUGGACGAGCUGCUGUUCUACGAGCUGGGGGAGGACAUCAUGAACCGCUUCAAGGAGGACGAGGGCUUUCCCAAGGAGGAGGAGAGGCCGCUGCCCGCCAACAAGAUCCAGAAAAAACUGUGGAUGCUGUUCGAGCAUCCCGAGUCGUCGUCGGGCGCGCGGAUAAUAGCCAUCAUCAGCGUCAUGGUCAUUGUGGUUUCCAUCCUGAUCUUCUGCCUAGAGACACUGCCCGACUUCAGGCAAGAGAAAGAGUCACGAGAGGAGUAUUUUUACAAGUACCACUCGCAGGCCAAGAACGUGUCCGAGACCAUGCCGCCGCCGCACAGCGUCUUCCACGACCCCUUCUUCCUGGUGGAGACCGUGUGCAUCUGCUGGUUCUCCUUCGAGCUGCUCAUGCGCUUCGCCUGCGCCCCCAGCAAGGUGCACUUCUUCAAGGACGUCAUGAACAUCAUCGACUUCAGCGCCAUCCUGCCCUACUUCGUCACGCUGGGCACGGAGCUGGCCAAGGACAACGACGCCAGCCCCGCCACCUCCCUGGCCAUCAUCCGCGUCAUCCGGCUGGUGCGGGUCUUCCGGAUCUUCAAGCUGUCGCGCCACUCGAAGGGCCUCCAGAUCCUCGGGCAGACGCUGAGGGCCAGCAUGCGCGAGCUGGGCCUGCUCAUCUUCUUCCUCUUCAUCGGCGUCAUCCUCUUCUCCAGCGCCAUCUACUUCGCCGAGGCCGACCACGCCGACACGGCCUUCGUCAGCAUCCCGCACGCCUUCUGGUGGGCGGUGGUCACCAUGACGACCGUGGGCUACGGGGACAUGUACCCGGAGACGGUGUGGGGCAAGCUGGUGGGCUCCAUGUGCGCCAUCGCCGGCGUGCUCACCAUCUCGCUGCCGGUGCCCGUCAUCGUGUCCAACUUCAGCUACUUCUACCACCGGGAGACCGAGUGCGAGGACCGAACCGAGUACACCCACGUGCAGACGACGCUGUGGGAGGAUGAGGAGGAGGAGGAGGAGGAGGAGGUGGACGAGGGGGACGCGGAGGGGGAGUACUACGCCAUCCAGGGCGUGUGCAGCCCCGUCAACGGCGCGCUGCUCGGCGGACUGGGUACAGGCCCGAGCACGGAGGCGGGGGGGGGGGACGCGAGUCCCACGGAGGCGCUCGUCACUCAGGUUUAGAGAGAGACGGGUGAAAACGAAGGAAAGUGGAGGAUGAAGAUGAGGGAGAGGAGGCUGAAGCAGACCGACGAUCAUUACAAUAAAGGAAAGCAAAUAUGUGGUC